AUGGCGCCGCCGCAGUCUUCAUCGUCGUCGCCGUUUGAUCCUUUCAACCAAGAACCUGUUAUAAGAAAGAAGAACAAUGGAGCCCCAAUCAAGUUCCUUUUGCCUCUAAUAUAUGCCCCUGUUCUACCUCUAAUUCGUUUGUCGCUGCGGAGUAAACCUGUUCUGAGAGAUCGUUUGUUUACAGCUGUGUUGGUCGGGGCUUUUGUUCAUGGAGGCUAUCUGGUAACGGAUUUGUAUGAUGCUGAGAGUAAAUGA